AUGCGCGCUGGGGUCAGCGCGUGCGAAAAGGGAGAGCAGUGGCAGCGGGCGCUGGCGCUGCUGAGCGAGAUGUGGGAGGUGAAGCUGGAGCCGAACGUCAUCUUCAGCCACAGCGCUGGGAUCAGCGCGUGCGAGAAGUGCGAACAGUGGCAGCGGGCGCUGGCGCUGCUUGCGUGCGAGAAGGGCGAGCAGUGGCAGCGGGCGCUGGCGCUGCUGAGCGAGAUGUGGGAGGCGAAGCUGGAGCCCAACGUCAUCUUCAGCUACAGCGCUGGGAUCAGCGCGUGCGAUAAGGGCAGCGGGCGCUGGCGCUGCUGA